AGCCGCCGCCGGCCGCUGGGCCCCGCCGCCGGGCCGCUCGACGACGACGCUCCCGCGGGGGCCCCGCCUGAGGAGGACGCGGCGGCGGCGGCGGCGAGGCCGCGGGAGGCCGCGGGGGAUGGAGGAGCGGAAGGAGGAGGGCGAGGCGGAGAUCCAGGAGCACGGGCCCGAGCACUGGUUCUCCAAGUGGGAGCGGCAGUGCCUGGCCGAGGCCGAGCAGGACGAGCAGCUGCCCCCGGAGCUGCAGGAGGAGGCGGCGGCCGCCGCGCAGCCCGAGCACAAGCAGCAGAAGCUGUGGCACCUCUUCCAGAACUCGGCCACCGCCGUGGCCCAGCUCUACAAAGACCGAGUGUGUCAGCAGCCAGGACUGUCGCUUUGGGUCCCCUUCCAAAACGCAGCCACCGCCGUCACCAACCUCUACAAAGAAAGCGUGGAUACCCAUCAGCGAAGUUUUGAUAUUGGAAUUCAGAUUGGCUAUCAGCGACGCAAUAAGGAUGUGUUGGCUUGGGUUAAAAAGCGCAGAAGAACUAUUCGUAGAGAAGAUUUGAUCAGCUUCCUGUGUGGGAAAGUUCCUCCACCACGAAACUCUAGAGCUCCCCCAAGACUGACUGUAGUGUCCCCUAGCCGAGCUACUUCAGCGGAAACUAGCUCAUCUGUAGAGACUGAUUUGCAACCCUUCCGGGAAGCCAUAGCUCUGCAUGGUCUUAGUGGUGCAAUGGCUAGUAUAAGCGUGCGUUCGAGUACCCCAGGCUCUCCUACACAUGUAAGCAGUGGAUCGAAUGCUAGUCGAAGGAGAAAUGGACUCCAUGAUGUCGAUUUGAACACUUUCAUAUCAGAAGAAAUGGCACUCCACUUGGACAAUGGUGGAACUAGAAAGCGUACCUCAGCCCAGUGUGGCGAUGUCAUUACAGACUCACCAACCCAUAAACGCAACAGAAUGAUCUAAACUGCAAACAUUUUCACACCCACCAUGCUGCUUGAAAGCCACUCGAUCCUCAACAUAUACUCUUACUGCAAAGGAAACAUGAGGCCAUCUUCCCUUGUUCACUGUUUAAGACAAGUGAAUUCUAUAGUGGUUGCCAUAAAAGGAAGUUCUAGGUGUUUCCAGUAGAUGCCUCUUGUAACUCUGGCUUUCUUAAAACUAUAAUCCUAGCAGAGGACAUCAGAUAUCGUUUAGUCAUUAGCAAGAUCAUCAUAGGCAAACAUAUCCGUUCCAAGGCUAAAAGUGACCUUAACUGUAUUUAUUCUCAAAGGGAAAGGAAAUAUCAGAUGUUUAUUUGGUAUAGAAUGCCUUUUUUUUUUUUUUUUUGGUCCAUUUCCUGCUGUGUUGAGUAUUUUGCUUCAACAGUAUUGCCAGAUUCCUAAAAUUGUCUAAAACACACGAUUUGGCUUCCUCAUCAAAUCUGCAGGCUUCCAUUUUUGCAGCAGCACUGUACCGUGCACCUGGGUUCUAUAUAAUAACAGUGUGCAACUUCUCCUUUUUGGACUGUGCCCCGUUUUCAGUUUUCAAAGCAGUUUCUAAUUCUGGUGAUUGUGUCAUGUAAAGAGGUGCUAUGAUGGUCAUGCAAUUAAUAAUACUGAAUCAAUACACAGAACUUUAUUGGAUUCACUUUGUGUGUGUUAGUGCUCUAAAAGUAGCAAUAUUAUCAAAUUGCCCCCAGAUUAACCCUGUAGGCUUAAAAUACUCAGUUUUAAGACAAGUACUACUUCCCAGUCAGGGUAGUAUCCUUCUGGUAAAUGUAAACACGUACUGCGUUCAAGGUGACCUACAGUAGAGAGGUCAUGAACUUUGGGAAUGGGCUUCCUUUUUGGUUCGGUGUCAGUGAGAGGGAGAUGGCUGGCGGUAGGUAGGUAUUUGUUCUAGGCUUUUGUUCGGUGGGACAUUUCUCAUGAAUGCCCUGAUGUGUGCAGUUUCCAUUGGAAUGGGUGGAAGAGAAAGGUCUUUGAUCUGCGAAUUAUGUGAUCACAACUUAAAUAGCAAAACCCACCUUUGCAGUCCCUCUCCUAAAGUGCAGUUUGGGAUCUCAUUCUGGAAAAGACGGAAUCGCAUGGAGGGUCUCUAGAUGUUAGGUAGACCUAAGCUACAGUUCUCGGUAGAGUCCUCUUUUGAGUAAAUAGAAGACCUCUUGUAGCUACAAUGUUUUAGAGCAUGUUUCAUCUUCAUUUUUACUAUCUUGAACUGAAUGAUAGUCUUUUUUAGAUGAAGAACUGAUGUCAGCCUGCCAGGUACUGUAAUUUAUUCUAUCAUAUUAUUCUAUUAUAUAUCAAGUAGGACAGUGAAAAUGUUUCCUUGCAGACUUGUAGUCCAGUAUCCGUUCCUUCCUGUUUUUAUCCUUAAAAGACCAUUGCAAAUCAGUGUAAGGGUUCUCCAGUCAUUACUCGCAGCACUUUGUUAAAGUUUGCAAUUUCUUCAGCCAUUUAAUAAUACCUUUCUGUGAAGAAACUUUGCUAAGUUAACUAUAAUAUUCAUUGACUGGGUGGGAUGUGAAUGGGAUGUUGGAAAUGUGUGAACUGAAGUUCUGUAUUCAUUAUAGAUAUAGCCCUUAUUUAAAACAGUGAAUUCCAUACUAAAACUAGCAAUGAAAGUGAGGUAUUUCUAAAUUUUUGCAAAAGUGGAUCAUUUUUUGUUUGAAUAUAAUGACAGGAAGAAUUAUAGCAAUCUGUCAUUUUACCUGAAACGGACAAGCCUAUGUAUUAUGAAUACUUUCAAGCCUCCCUUUAGAAUAUACCAAGAAAUGCAUUGGAGUUACCUUUGUUUUUCUCUCGUUGUAAAUUUAGAUUCUGGAGUCGGGUGGUGUGAAGCCUUGCUCACUAGUGGCCAGAACUCCUCUUCCUAAAGGAUUUUGAGAUGGAGGAACACAUAUUUAAUCUUUCCUUCAUGCCUUGGUUCUAGUUCCUCUUUCCAAGUUGAAUAACAUUUUCUUUUUUGGUUGUUUUUGUUUUGGUUGGUGCUCUGAAGCUUAAUCUCAGUACCCUUUCCUCUCGAUUGUCAAAUUUUGAUAAAACAUGUGCCAUUUUCUUUGGUAAGAUAAAGCAGGUCUUAAUGUCUGCCAGAACAUGAUUUAUAUGCCUUAUUGGCUCCAUUAAACUUUUAGAAAACUUUA